AUGGAAGUGGUGAAGUUCGAGCCAGAUACUGAAGGCAUAGAAAGAAGGAGAGGCAUAAAGCCUUUUGGGAACAUAGGUAAGAUAAGGGUGAUCAAAAGCACAACGGCCCCGAGGUUUAAUCUGUACACGACGGAGGUGGGCAUUGACUGUAAGGAGGAGCAGAAGCAAUAUAUCCCCUACAGGCCUUCCCUUGAGGAGCCUGCCGUAUCAAAUGCCUAUGUCCCCCCAACAAUCAAGCGUCCCGAAACAUGCAGCGUCAAGCUCUCGAAUCUCCCGCUCGACAUGACAAGGGAUAGGCUGCAUUCGAUUAUCAAGUCGCACACAAACAUCUUCUUCAUGAGUCCAAACCUUGUCAUGAACAGGGAAACAGGUGCAUUCAGAGGAUUUGCAUUUGUGACUCUGGAGUCCAGGGAUGAUGCCGUGAAGCUCAUCAAGGACCUCAAGGGCGUUGCAAUUGAUAGCCUGGGGCUGUCUGCAGAGAUAGCUAGGUAA